AUGCUGUUUGACGAUUUUCCAGACGUCGAGGUUGCACGCACUCCUGGCGGAGCACUUCAAAGUAUUGACCAUGCGCAGCAGCCCUGGGCUCCCAAGCCCCAGGGCCAAGCUGUCGCCGCAAUCGCCACUGCGAAAGAUGUGGCAGAGCAAUACCUCAAAGAGAUAGCGAGCGAAUAUAAAAUCAAUUCCGAGGUGAACAGUCUAACCGCCCCUGAUUUCGACCUGGAGUUUAAGCAAGAAAGGCCUCGCUUUAGAAGCACGGCUGUAAUCUAUCAGCAAACCUUCAAUCAUUGGCCGGUGUGGGGCGCGCAGCUCAGUGUUACUGUGCGUGAAGACAAUCAGGUCCUUAAUUCCAGCAGUACUCUUCACACUGGUGCCUCAGGACCAGAUCUGCUCCCGGAUGACGCUAAGUUCAUUAAGAAUAGUGUCACGGAAGAGGAUAUCGCUGCGUCGCUUGGUGUCCCAGUCGGGAGAGAUGGCAUCAGUUUCUCGGAAAAAUUUAAGGAGAAGACAGAAGACGAAAAGAAGGACAAGCAGCGCAUUCUUGUCUAUCGUUAUAGCGCGAAGGGUAGACAGGAGCAGGCGGGCGAUUCUCCACCGAUACUAGCCUUCGCCGAAGUGCCUGAGAAGAUUGAAGAUGGCAAGUACUAUGUGGUCCGGGAAGCCCUCUUCUCGCUGCCUGUCUCGGGCUAUGGGAGUCUCAAUUGGAGAGCCUUCGUCGAGGUCGAGACGGGUUCGAUCAUCUACCUGCAGGCCCUCACAGCCGGUCUUACAGGCUUGGUGUUCUCCAGGGACCCCGUGACAAAGCUGGGGCAUAGAGGCCCUCUGCCCGCGGGCGAUGUGGUCGAUUUGAAUCUUCUACGCGACAGAGUGUUCCUUCCUGAUACUGUGACCUCGUCUCCUCAGCGUCUCGAAGGCCGGUUCGCAGCGAUCAAGGAAUUCAGUCUUCCUAUCAGGGUGCCACCAGCCACGACCACGGGCGAAUUCAACGACAGCGUCGACUCCGAUACUUUCGCCGCUGUCAAUGCAUACUAUCAUGUCACCAAACUUUUCCGGCUCCUCGGGGAGCUGGGCUUCUCGGUGAAAGACUUUUUCAAUGAAACCAAAUUACCCGUGCCGGUCGAUCACCGUGGAUUCGACGAUAAUGUCAAUGCGCAGGCUCCAGGAAACGCGACUGGCACCGGAUCUGGAGGCUUCAUCUUCGGCCGGGCGGACCCCAAUUCGCGAGUCGGCAUGGCGGCGGACUUCCGCGUCGCAACGCACGAGUUCGGCCAUGCACUUCUCUGGGACGCGAUCCAUUGGCCAGGCUUUGGGUUCGCUCACAGCCCGGGCGACUCGCUGGCUGCUAUCUACUCAGACCCCGGCAGCGAUGCCCUGGAUCGAUUUGACACAUUCCCGUGGAGCGCCGUGGUGCGUCGUCGCCACGAUCGUAAGGUCACCGAUGGCUGGGCAUGGGAUGGUCCAGAGUAUAGGCGAGACAAUACAGCUUAUUAUCGGCGCGAGCAGGUCUUGUCGACCACUCUCUUCCGACUCUACCGAGCCAUUGGAGGAGACGCCAUCGGUGAUAUUAACCGACAGAAUUGGGCCUCAAGAUAUGCGCUGUAUCUCAUCCUCGGCGGCAUCGCAACCAUCACCACCACGAUGCCCAUGCCCUAUCAGUAUGUCUCAGCCAUGAUAGCUGCAGAUAAUGGCACGGUUCUGGGCCAUCCUGGUGGUGCGGUUCGAAAGGUCAUCCGCUGGGCCUUCGAGAAACAGGGCCUGUACCAUCCCCCGGGCACGCCCGAUCCGGGAGUCGUCACGGAAGGGCCGCCGCCCGCAGUGGAUGUGUACAUUGACGACGGCCGAGAUGGAGAGUACGACUAUAAUCUCCUGUCUGACAAUACUCCUGGAAUCUGGAAUCGUCACGCGGCAGAUGAAGGGCAGGCCAACCAGACUCCCCGGCCUGGGGUACAGAACUACUGUUACGUGGCCGUGAAGAACCGAGGCACCGGUCCUGCAAACAGGGUCAGAGUAGCUCUGUAUCAGGCGAACAAUCCCACGCCCACUCUAUGGCCGUCUCACUUCAAUAUCCAAGGAAUCUAUCACCGCACCGGUGCUCUUGAUGGGAACAAGCAGGAGCAGCACAUCUUCGGACCGUUCGCCUGGGUCCCCGAUAACAAUCCAUUAUUUGACAGAGACUGCGUAUUGGCCGCCGUCACCGCCGAUGGUGAUCUCCCCAACAUCGACAAAAGCACUGCACUAAGCUGCGCCAAGGAACCUAUUGAUUUCGGUAACCUUGUCCCCUUUGAUAAUAACCUGGCAGUCCGAUAUUUUGACCGGCCUCGAUCCACGUGA